AUCUCAUUCCGUAGGUUGCCCAUAAGCUGAAGAUUUCGGCUCACGUUUAGCCUCUCUUCCAGCCUUGAGAUCAGCAGGCAUCCACGACAUCAACCCCAGGAGAAAUCCAACCAUCAUGCCUAUAGAGAAAACCCAUCUCCACAAGAUAAUUCCAGAGCCCGGAGGUCUUCCGAAUGCCAAAAAUGAUGCCUCUCGUGCUUUCGAAGUCCUCAAAGCAGGUGGGGUCGUCAUCGCGCCCACAGAAGUUGGCUACGGACUCCUAGCCGCCUCCACCGAAGCUGUCCAGAAAGCCUUCGCUGCAAAGAAACGCAAGCCAGGACAUGCUCAAGGUGUCAUUGGUACCUACCAGCUUCAUCGGGAGCUGCAUAUCCUCGACGAGAAGCGAUUUGAGAUGACUCGAGUCCUUACCCACGAUUUGGACAUGUCUUUUGGCGUUGUCGCUCCUUUCCGAGCAGACCAUCCGCGUCUGCGGCAGCUUACCUCGGAGACAUUGGCAAAUUGCACCAAGAACGAGACGCUUGGCAUGUUCGUCGGAGGCGGUUCUUUUCUCCUCGAACUGGGGAGACUCAACGAUGAAGAUGGCCAGAUCAUGCUUGGUUCCAGUGCCAACCUCACCGGUCGUGGUCAGAAGUUCCGCGUUGAAGAUAUUGAGAAUGAGAUCAAAGAAGCGGCAGAUUUGAUCGUGGACUACGGCUUGCAAAGAUAUUACACGUAUGGUCGAGCGUCUAUUAACUUUGAUUUCGGUAAUAUGAAAGUCUUGCGGAUGGGAUCUUGCUACGAGCUCUUCAGAGAACGGAUGGCUAAGUUUUGGGGCGUUAAGCUGCCCGAGGACCCUGAUUACAAGACCGGUCCGAAAGAAGAAUGAAUACAUUCCUCCUCUCCUAAUUUUCUGCUCGCUCUCAAGCAAUCUCCUGCACUUUUGGCCUUCUGCUGUGUAGGAAGUGCAAUAACAGCGUCCCAAUGAUCGCGAAACCCCC